AUGGCGAUUAUAAUCCUUGAAGUACUACCACUCCAACUGAACAAUUUCUUCGAGUUGGGGAUGCUCAAACCAGGUCGCCACGUUCAUAUUUUUCAUCAUCCACUAGGAGUCAAGAGGUUGGAAGAUGAUGAGGACUACGAAGAUGAAGAUCCUGAAUAUCCUGGUGCUCCAAUGUAUGAAUCGGAGCUGGCACUUGAGGGAUAUAAGGAGAAUGCAAGGCAGAAUCCAAGGGCAGUGCCUGUAAUCUCGGAGAAGCAUGUUCUGGCAAGCAGUGUCAAAGCUGUUUCUGAACAAGGAAAAAAGAAGCCUACAUUAGCUGAAACCGAGGCCAAGAAACAUGUACCAGCUAAUGCCACGGGAAAAGUUGCAACCCAGAACAUUGCUUCGAAGAUUCAAGGACUCUUUGUUUCGGCCCCAACAGCUUCAGAAACUGAGAAGCAUGGUACUCAUGAAGCUGAAAAGUAUAAUACUCAAGAAACUGACAAGCAUACCCUAGAAACUGAAAAACCACUUAGCCCCAGACAGAACAAAUGGGAUAAAGGUGUUUCAGUGAAAGAGUAUAUAAUGAACAAAUUUGAGCCAGGGGAAGAUGAGAAAGCACUUUCUCAGGUACUAUCAGAGGCAACACGUCCAAUGAGAACAACUCCUGGAGAUGUGGAUGUGAUGGAAAAAGUGAAAGGGGCUGUAAACUCUUUGCUCUGUGGAGAGGAACCGGCCCAAUCUACAAUCAAGCAAUCAGAUACAAACUCAUCUCCACAAGUUCCCAUUUCUACCAAUGCUCAAGCUGAUGCUCUUUCAAAAAUUAUCAGCAGAUUUUAUGGUAACAGAGUCAAAUGUAUAUCAGUUGUAGCUCUUUCUGUCCUGUCCUGUUAUGGAGAUGACAGUAAAGGAAGAAUACUCCAAACCAACUGA